AUGGCUCUGUCUAGAGUUGAAGGCGAUGAUGAGAUAUAUGUCAGUGGAAUAUUCACGUUGAAACUCAAAUCUAAGCUCCAGAAAGCGGGUAUAACACAUAUACUUUCUACCCUGGUCUAUGACUUCAGCAAGUAUGAAGAUUGGGAUCAAUAUGAACAUCUUCAAAUAGAAGCAUUGGAUGUUGAUGAUGAGAAUCUUUUGGGAGAAUUUGAGAAGACCGGAAGUUGGAUCGAAAACGCUUUGCGAGGAGGUGGAAGAGUGCUUAUUCAUUGUGCAAUGGGAAAAUCACGCUCAGUCACUGUAACAAUAGCUUUCCUUUUACGGAAAUAUCCACAUCUCACAGUCAAUUCAGCUUUAGAGCUUAUCCGCAAAUCUCGGCCCAUGGCUGAGCCGAACGACGGUUUCAUGGCUCAGCUAGAAUUGUACAAAGAGAUGGGGUGUCCAAAAGACAUUGAAGCGCAGCCGAGAUAUCAGAGGUGGAUUUAUCAGCGAGAAGUCGACGAAGCACUAGCAUGUAAUAUGGCACCUGACAGAGUUCGGUUCGAAGAUGAAGAGAAGCAGGAGGAGUCUAGAAUAAAGCAGAUUGCGGAAGAAGGCGAGAAGGAAUUACGGUGUAAGAGAUGUCGCCUCCUCUACAUUAAAAUCGGCAUGUACCCACCACUUUCUUCAUCCACUCUCUUGGAUGCGGCCCACGCUAUCGGAAUCUCUCUUGGCUGGUCGCCUGGAAUGUCCAAAUCCAAAGUGCGAGGCUCAGGUCGGCAGGUUAGAGGCGUGAAAGACGGAGGCAGUGAUAAGGAUGUUGUUGAGAAAAUGAAAGGCCUAGGGAUUAGGCUACCACCGGGUAUGAAAGGGGUAGAGAAGGAAGUCAAGGAAAAUCUUUAG